UUGCCAUUUGUGAUUCGUGAUCGUGAAUUGUUAUUCCGUUAUUCAUUUCUCAUUUCUCGAUAUUGUAUAAAAAUUAAAAAAAUUAAAAUUGGAGUAGUUCUUUCAUUGAUUAAUAAUUAGCAAUUAGUAGAUUUGGGAAACAGAAUAUGGCCACAGCAAUGGAUGUAGACGCUGAAGAAGUUGAAAUGCCCACUUCUAGCAGUUCAAAAGGAGAGAAGAAACGUUUUGAAGUAAAAAAAUGGAAUGCUGUAGCUUUGUGGGCCUGGGAUAUUGUUGUGGACAAUUGUGCAAUUUGUCGUAACCACAUUAUGGACUUAUGCAUCGAAUGUCAAGCAAAUCAGGCAUCUGCUACGAGUGAAGAAUGCACAGUAGCUUGGGGAGUAUGUAACCAUGCUUUUCAUUUCCACUGCAUAUCAAGAUGGUUAAAAACGAGACAAGUUUGCCCACUAGACAAUAGGGAGUGGGAAUUCCAAAAGUAUGGUCAUUGAAGAUAAAAUGGAUUUUAAAAUAUUUAUAUUUAUAUAAAUUAAAUUUCCACUUCAGUGGGUUUUUCUAUUCAUAUAACAAUAGUUUGAAUUACAAUUUUUUUUCUUAAUAAACAUACGCUUCUCUUAUA